AUGUCCGACCCUGUAAUUGGUGCCACUGUUCAAGUUUUGCUUCAGAAGCUGCUUUCUCUCACUAUUGAGGAACUCAGUAGCUCAAGCGACUGCAAGAAAGAUCUGGAAAUGCUUACACAAAAUGUAUCCUUGAUCCAAGCUUUCAUUCAUGAUGCUGAAAGACGACAAGUUGACGAUCAGGCUGUGAAACUAUGGCUCAAGAGGCUUGAGAAAGCUGCUGAAAAUGCUGAAAAUGUGUUCGACGAAUUCAGAUAUGAAUCUAUCAAAAGACAAGUGAAGAUCCAAAAGAACCCAAUGAAAAAGGUCAGUGAUUUCAUUUCUCAUACAACUUUUAAGAGCAAAAUGUCACGAAAAAUCAACAACAUCAAUGAAGAGUUGAGGGCUAUCAAUAAGUUAGCCAAACACCUCGGUCUCCAAUCACUCAUGGUUCCUCCUCGGCAUAUACUACCAAUUCGAGAAACAGAUUCUGUAGUAGUUGCUUCGGAGGUUGUUGGUAGAGACAACGAUGUUGCAGAAAUAAAGAGGAAGAUGUUGAACAUCAGAGAGGAUGUUGUUCUGUGCAUCAUUCCCAUAGCUGGUAUGGGGGGUUUAGGGAAAACAACUAUGGCUAAGAGAAUUUUCAACGAUGAACAGAUCGAGAAACACUUUGAAAAGAGAGUUUGGUUGUGUCUGCCUGAAAUGUCAGAAACGAAGAGCUUUCUUCAACUAAUCCUCGAAUCCCUGACAAAGAGGAAAGUUGAGGUCCAAAGCAGAGACAUAAUAGUCAAGACGCUACAAGAUGAACUGGCAGGAAGAAAGUACUUACUUGUUCUGGAUGAUUUAUGGCGUGUUGACUCUACAUUGUGGGUAGAGUUUGUCGACACCUUGCGAGGAAUAAAUACAUCCCGAGGAAACUUUAUUCUUGUGACUACUCGUAUGGAACAGGUGGCAUCCACAGUAGCAGCAGUAGCUCCUCAUAGGUUGGAAAAAUUAGCAGAAGCUCAUUGUUGGUCCAUUUUCAAACAAAGAGCGUUUGUUGAUGGGGAAAUUCCAGAGGAAAUAGUGUGCAUGGAGAACAGGAUUGUGGAAAUGUGUCAAGGUCUACCGUUGGCUGCAAGUGUGUUGGGAGGCCUCUUACGCAACAAGGAAAAACAUGAAUGGCAGGCAAUUCUUGAUGGAAACCCCCUUGUUGCAGGUGAAGAUGAUAACGGAGAAAAUAGCAUAAGGAAAAUACUAAAACUCAGCUAUGAUUAUCUACCAUCUCCACAUCUGAAAAAAUGCUUUGCUUACUUUGCAAUGUUUCCAAAAGAUUUUGAGUUUGAAAAGGACCAAAUAAUCCAACUCUGGAUGGCCGAAGGCUUUCUUCAUCCAUGUCAAGAGACCAGCGUAAUGGAAGACAUCGGGAAUAAGUUCUUUCAACUCUUGUUGCGAAAUUCCUUGCUGCAAGAUGUUAAGUUCGAUAAGCACAACAAUAUAACACACUGUAAGAUGCACGAUCUUGUGCAUGAUUUGGCUGGGGAUAUCUUAAAAUCUAAACUAUUUGAUCCAAAGGACAAUGGUGGAGAAAAUCUUUCUCAAGUGCGAUACUUUGGAUGGGACUCACCAAGUGAUCAAAUAGAUAAGAUAACUGAGCCAGGACGUUUGUGCACUCUGUUUUGGAGAAGCAUUUAUAUAUCGGAAGAUAUGUUGUUGAGCUUCAAGUUCUUGAGAGUUUUAAAUUUGUCCAGUUCAGGAAUCAAAGAGUUGUCAGCCAAAAUUGGGAAGUGUAUACACUUGAGAUAUCUUGAUCUCUCGAACACUGAGAUCAGAGCCUUGCCCAACUCCAUUUGCGAGCUCUAUAAUUUGCAAACAUUUAGAGUCAAUGAUUGCUAUUUACUCCAUGAACUUCCAUAUGAGAUGGGGAAUAUGAUAAGUUUGAGACACAUAUAUUGCCUUUCUUGGUAUCAGAUGCCGCUUAACAUGGGACAAUUGACUUGUCUUCAGACCCUAAAAUAUUUUAAUGUGGGUUUGGAGAAAGGUCGUCGAAUAGAAGAAUUAGGUUGUUUGAAGAACCUUAGAGGUAAAUUGAGGAUCGAUGAUCUCCAUUUGGUCCGUAGUAGAGAAGAAGCUCGAACAGCAUAUUUACAAGAGAAAUCGAAUAUUUACAAGCUGUCAUAUGGGUGGUUACGUGAUGAACCAGAAGGCUGUGAAACUAUUGAUGAGCAUGUGUUGGAUGGUCUUCAACCGCAUCCUAACUUGAAAACCUUACUGGUGGAGGACUAUUUGGGCACUAGAUUUCCUUCAUGGUUCAGUGAAGAGUCGCUACCAAAUUUGGUCAAGUUGACAUUAAGUGGUUGCAAAAGGUGCAAAGAAAUUCCAUCUCUUGGCCAACUGAAGUUCCUUCGGCAUCUUAAGCUGAUAGGACUCCCUGAAUUGGAAUUCAUUGGACCUACAUUUUAUGGUGUUGAGGUUAAUAAUAAUGGAUCAUGCAGCAAAAUCCAAGUUUUCCCGUCACUGAAAGUACUUCUAUUGGAGAAUAUGCAUUGCCUUACUGAGUGGAAGGGAGUGGAAUUGAUGCCAACAACAAGUGGGGUAAGAAUGUUUCCUGGGCUUGAGAAGUUGAGGAUUAGUAACUGUCCAGUGUUAAAAAGUACUCCAAAUCAAUUUGAAAUCCUACGUGAAUUAGAGAUUGUCGAAGUUGACAGUGAAAUGCCAUUGUUGAACUUGUGCAGCAACUUGACAUCUCUUGUAAUGCUUAGUGUGUAUGAUGUGAAAGAGCUCACUUGUUUUCCAGAUGAGAUGCUACGCAGCAACGUUUCUCUUCAACACCUAUCGGUUGACAAAUGUGGAGAGUUUCAUGAAUUGCCAAAGAGCUUGUACAAUCUCCAUUCUCUUAAGAGAUUAUGGAUUACAAGCUGCCCCAAUUUCAGUUCCUUUCCUGUUCCCACUGGAGAUAAUUAUUUGACUUCCCUCCAAAGUCUUCAGUUAAUCUCUUGUGAUGGAUUGACCAGUUUACCAAGUGGGAUGCUAGAGCAUUGUCGGUCUCUGGAAUCCUUGAGUGUCUACAAAUGUAACAACUUGGUUUCCAUCCCUUUACAUGUGGGGGAAAUGCAUUCACUUUCAUAUUUGAAUAUAUCAAAAUGUCCCAAAUUGAUUAGUGUACCCGCAGGUGGCCUUCGUCUCACUGGGUUACAGCAUUUGGAAAUAGGUCCUUUCUCAGAAAUGAUGGAUUUUGAGGCAUUCCAAUUGAUAUUUAAUGGCAUUCAGCAGCUGUCGUCCCUUCGUACAUUGGAGGUGUGGGGACACUUGCACUGGGAUUCACUGCCGUAUCAGCUUACGCAACUCUCUAAUCUAACAGUUAUAAAAGUGUAUGGAUUCGGAAUCGAGGCUCUUCCUCAUAGAUUUGCCAACCUUACUUCUCUUGAAAAAUUAACACUAGUGGGGUGCAAACGGCUACAACAUAUGGACUUCUCAGAUGCCAUGCCCAAAUUACGAUAUUUGUGCAUAAAUGAUUGUCCAUUGUUAGAAGAUCUAUCGGAUGGACUCAGCAACCUUGUUUCUUUGCAAAAGUUAGUUUUACGUAAAUGCGAGAAACUAGAGCAUCUUCCAUCUAGGGAUGCCAUGCGACGCCUCACCAAAUUAGGAUAUCUGAUGAUCCAUGAUUGGCCAUUGUUAGAAGCUCUGUCGGAUGGGCUUGGUGACCUUGUUUCUUUGCAAGAGUUAUUUUUACAGAAUUGCGAGAAUCUAAAGCAUAUGCCAUCCAGAGAUGCCAUGCGACGCCUCACCAAAUUAUGGAACCUGGAAAUUAAAGGCUGCCCAAAGUUAGAAGAAAGUUGCACAAAUCGGAGUGGCCCAAACUCCCAAUGGUCCAACAUUUCCCAUAAUCCAAUAAUUAAAGUAGGUGGAAGCAGAAUUCAAGACUUGGCGUAA